AGGGUUUACAGAAUCAUUAAACCUGUUCUUUUAAUGUGCUAAUAAGGGAUUCGCAGGUUUAUUAGAUCAGUUAUUUUACUCAAAUUAUAACAUUCUCGAAUGACAUGAGUUCCGAUUGUUCCAGGAGUGAUUUAACCCGAUUUGCGGUCGACAAAAAUAAAAAUUUAUAUAUACAAAUCUAUUGUAUUUACUAACAGUCAAUCGAAUCGCUUAAUUGUGUAAAAUAUGCAAUGCAACGUGACUCAUGAUUGCAUUUAUCGUAAGAGUAAAAUGUGAUUUGCUAUUUGGAAUACAAGGUCGUGCAUAAUAAUGAAGUGUUAAUUAUAAAAAAGAACGAAACGAAUAUACAUAUAGUCCAACUAGUCAGAAUGACCGAUCAAGAUGCGAAUAAUAAUACGCUCCCUUUACGGGAAAAUUUAGUACAAACUGCGGUGCAGUUUUUGCAGAACCCCAAAGUAACGCAGAGUCCAAUGGAUCGUAAACAGCAAUUUCUCAAAAAAAAAGGCCUUACAGAUGAAGAAAUUAAAGCAGCUUUUAAUCUGGCAUCUAUCAACACUGUGGUUGAUCCUGAGACUCUCUAUAAUCAGAAAGUGUUACCAUAUACUGCUGUACAAAUGCCACGAAUGGCUGCUUACUCAUGUUAUCAAACAAAUAAUAGUCAAUUGACACUUUACCAAAAAAUCAAAGAACUUUUUAACUUAGCAGCAUUGAUUGGUGCAACAGUAUACUGUAUUUAUUGGUUUUACAAGAAAUUUAUAAGACCCUUUCUAUUUGGUCGGAAGAAGCCAAAAAUUAACGUGGAAGAUGCAGUUGUAGAGUUAAAUGAAACAGUGGACAAAUCUGUAACAUCGACAAAAGCUUCUAUUUCAAAAGUGAAUGAAUAUAUAUAUGAAAUGAAGGAACAAAAUAGAAAUAUCUUAAGCACAGUACGAGAAGUCAAAGUGGAUUUAGUUAAUUUAAAAGCUAUGCUUUUAUCGAGUAGAAGGUUUCCCACUGCUCCGACAUCUAUCCCAGCAUGGCAGUUGGAUACCACAAAUGAAACUCAAGAAAAAGCAACUGAACGGGAGGACGAUGCUGGAAGUGGAAGUAACAAUUCAGACAGUUCCUUAGAAAUGAUUCGAGAGGAACCAACCAAGGAAUAAAUUUAGGAAUUCUGUGUCUACCAUAACCACUUCUGUAAAGAUAGUCUUCUAUAUGCUGAUCCUUAUCAUCAUAUAUUGGAGAAGAGGAUUGUGGAUUGAAAUAUUUAUAUGAUAUUAGAGAUGUGUCGCGCGUUACUUUUAUUAUUAGCAAUAAACAUUUUUGCGUUCUUGAUGAAAUUGGUCACUUCUUAAAUAUUUUAAUAUUUAACAACUGCUGAUUGUUGUACAAAGAGCAACUUUCUGAAGUUUCCAAUAUUAUUGAAAAACAGUUUCAUACAUUGAUAACGUCGUUUCUGUUACAAUUAUUAACAAUAUAAUGAAUUAAUC